AUGAAGAUUGCAAUUACUGGGGCUCGUGGAUCGGUUGGAAGAACGCUGGUGAAGCUCUGCUCCGAAGCAGGACAUCAUACAGUACAGAUCAAUCGCACUCAUACGGAACACGAUGGAACCCCGAACUCCGAGAUGAGAACUGCAGACGUCGCCAAAGACUACGAAGGUGCACUUGAGGCCUUCAGAGGUUGCGAUGCUUUAAUACACUUGGCAGCUAUUCCCGAUCCCGUCGGAAAGCCCAAUUGGCACGUCCACAGCAACAAUGUGAAUUCGGCAUUCAAUGGUUUCCACGCCGCGGGUGAAUUGGUCAAUGCUAUUGGUUUAGUUUUCUCGAACAAGCCUUUACACUUUGAUUAUUUCCCCAUCGAUGAAGACACGCCACAGCGACCUACGGAUGCGUACGCCUUGGCUAAAGCCGAAGCCGAGUACCAAGCCAAAUGUUUCGUCGAUUGGUUUCCUCAACUAAGUAUAGUUUGUCUAAGGAUACACGAAGUUGCUCCGUUGAAGGAGGCGAGAAAAAGACAUAAGGAGAAAUGGCACGAUUCUGGGGUUCGUCAGCUUUGGGGAUGGGUCAAUCCGCGUGCAGUAGCGAGAGCUUGUCUUUUGGCGGUUGAGAGUGAUAACAUAACAGGAUUUGAAAUAAUCAAUAUAAUAUCACCGACUACGACUCAGGAAACCCCAUCGGAAGAGCUCGCAAAAAGAUAUUUUCCCAAUGCGCAGAUUAGAGGUGAUAUGUCAAAAAACCAGGGGUUCUGGACUACUGACAAGGCCGCUAGACUUCUGGGAUGGAUGCAUGAUGAAACUGAAUAG